AGACAGUUAUUAACGCUGAUUAGAGUCACUUGUGCUGCUGACGUCGCGCCUUCAUGAAGUGACAGUGUUAAGAGAGCCAUCGCCACCACACAACUCUUUCUUUCCUGACUGGUAGCAGGACAGACGCCUGCCGACGACCUGAAGAUUGAAGGCGUUUUAGGCUCAAAAUCCGGAAACAUGAUGGUCCUCCAGCCAGGCCUGGCACCGCUGUGUCUGCUUCUAACAGCUGUUUGUACCAACUGCCAAUCCUGGACCCUGAGUGUUCCUCAUAAAAUAUCAGCACUCCAAGGUUCCUGUGUGGUGGUCCCUUGUGAGGUCACUUAUCCUGGUGUACCAAAAUCGGCAAAUGAAGUGACUACCAUCUGGUACAAGAAUUCAGAUAAAAAGUUCAAUUCCAAAGAACAGGUGGUCCGCUGGAAGGAGAUUGGCGACAUUGAGCGGAGGAACUGCACUCUGGAGAUCGAUCAAGUUGAGAAUGCUGACGCUGGACAGCUCCAAUUCAGGAUUGAGGUGAAGAACGUGAACAGCUACAGCUUUAAAGAAAAUCUAGUGACCAUGGAAUUAAUAGAUGAUCCCCUGGAACCCAAACUGAAUUUACCCAGAGAAGUGAAGGCAGGUGAUCGCGUUUCUGCCAGCUGUGAAGCCCUGCAUAGCUGCCCAAGUCACCCUCCUCAGUUCACCUGGAGGAACAUCAAAGGCCUAAAUCAUGUCCAGCACCAGAGAUUACAGAAUGGCGAGUGGAAAUCAUCUUCAACACUCGAAUUCACUCCUGCCAUACAAGAUAAUGACAAGACAUUGACAUGUAGCGUGGAGCACAGGGGUGGAAAGAUAAAGGAAAGCUCUGAACGUCUGAAUGUGAAAUAUCAACCAAGGAUUCAAAACAGUUCAUCUUGUUCGGUCAACACCACGACUGUGAGCUGCCAGUGCUAUGUGGAUUCCAAUCCGGAGUCUAAAAUUACAUGGCGCGUGCGAAACAGAGAAAUGGGGUCUAACAGCAUCGAUCAGAAGGGAACGAUGACUGUUGGAACUCUGCAAGCAGCGUUUCCUCUCAGCAGAAAUGUUUUGUGUUUGGCUACAAAUUCUUACGGAAAGCAUGAGAUGUCAUUACCUCUGUCCUUGCACGAAAAGCCAGAAAUUCACAAUGAUUCCAGAUGUGCCAUCAAUGCCACCAGCCUGUUUUGUAUCUGCUUUGUCAACUCGACUCCCCCGGUGGACAUCCAAUGGCAGCUCCCUGGGGCCAACCUGUCGAGCUCCAUUACCACAAAGCAGGGUGAUAUGACAACUGCCAUCCUAAAGGACCCCAUCACCUCAAGCCAGAGCAUCUCCUGCUUGGCAGUGAAUGAUUACGGCAGAGCCAGCAUGACCUUCACGGUCCCCAAAUAUGAAAAGCCAGAAAUUUACAAUGAUUCUAGAUGUGCCACCAAUGCCACCGGCCUGUUUUGCAUCUGCUUUGUCAACUCGACUCCCCCGGUGGACAUCCAAUGGCAGCUCCCUGGGGCCAACCUGUCGAGCUCCAUCACCACAAAGCAGGGUGAUAUGACAACUGCCAUCCUAAAGGACCCCAUCACCUCAAGCCAGGGCAUCUCCUGCUUGGCAGUGAAUGAUUACGGCAGAGCCAGCAUGACCUUCACGGUCCCCAAAGAUGAUCUGAUGUGGUACCUCUUCAUAGCGCUGCCGAGUGCCGCUGUGCUCCUAAUCAUCGUUCUCGUUGUUGUGGCGUGCAGGCGGAGAGCUGGCAAAAACACAGCGGAUGUAAACAUAAACUACGUUAACGGGAAAACUUCAGUUGACUCUGAGGAUAACAGGAAUGGUGAGAAGUCAAGGUAUACCUCGUGGGAAACAAAUGAAUACCAGACAGAUGAUCAGAAUAUUUACUGCAAUGAGCAUCCUGUCUACGGAAACACUGAGGAGCUACAAGAAAUGUCACACGAAUGCAGCUAUAGCAACACAGUGGAAGCUGAAGACAUUUAUGCUAACAUGUGAAAUGAUGGGAGUGAAACAAGAGGUCAGACAAUGGAAGGAAUAAUGGAAGAGGACAGCGAUGGUGAAUGGAGGAACAGAAAGAACGCGAUAAACAGUUAAGAAGAAAAGUGCUUAAGAGUUCCUUAUGUUUGUCAAUGUAACCAAAAUAGCACUUGUUGUAUCUGUGCAUCAUAUAAUGUCAUUUGUUCCAAUUUCUCUAUUUUCUCCAUUUUUAUGUACAGUAUAUACCCUAUCUAUCUAUUAUAUAGUGCC